CGCGCGUGCGCGCAUAGCAGCGCCGGCCCGCGAGCCGCCGCUGUCCCUGAAGUUGCUCCGUCAGGCGCGGUCACACUCGACUCGGUCUUCAAGGCCGUAGCGCCUGACGCCUGAAGAGGGAGCGCUCGGUGGGCCCGGGUCCUGUGAGUGGAGUUGGUGCCCCGGGCUGCCGCGGCCGCCGCCUUCUUGUACCUGGGCCGCCCUGAGGAGACGGGGCCGGCGCACGGCGGGCUGACUGGCCCGGGCGGGGAGCCGAUAUCGCUGGAGAGGAAGGCGGCUGAGGAGGCGGAGACGCGGAUCUGCUCAUGUCCUGGAGCAGGGAGGAGGUCAAGGGGACCAUGUCCGGAAGCAAUCUCCAACUCUCCACUAUCGAACGCAUCGUCAAAGCUGUCCCCUUUCCUCCAACUGAACGGCUGACUUUGAAGGAAGUAUUUGAGAAUGGGAAACCUAAAAUUGAUGUUUUGAAAAACCAUUUGGUGAAGGAAGGCCGACUGGAAGAGGAAGCAGCCUUAAAGAUAAUCAAUGAUGGAGCUGCUAUCCUGAGACAAGAGAAGACUAUGAUAGAAGUGGAAGCGCCAAUCACGGUGUGUGGUGAUGUUCAUGGACAAUUUUUUGACCUGAUGAAGUUGUUUGAAGUUGGAGGAUCACCUAGUAAUACACGCUACCUCUUUCUGGGUGACUAUGUGGACAGAGGCUAUUUCAGUAUAGAGUGUGUGCUGUAUUUAUGGAGUUUAAAGAUUAAUCAUCCAAAAACAUUGUUUCUGCUUCGAGGAAAUCAUGAAUGCAGGCAUCUUACAGAAUACUUCACCUUCAAACAGGAAUGUCGAAUCAAAUAUUCUGAACAGGUGUAUGAUGCAUGUAUGGAUACAUUUGACUGUCUUCCUCUUGCUGCCCUCUUAAACCAGCAGUUUCUGUGUGUUCAUGGCGGGAUGUCACCUGAAAUUACUUGUUUAGAUGACAUUAGGAAAUUAGACAGGUUUAAAGAACCUCCAGCCUUUGGGCCAGUGUGUGACCUACUUUGGUCUGAUCCCUCAGAGGAUUAUGGCAGUGAAAAAACUUUGGAGCACUAUUCCCACAACACUGUCCGAGGAUGCUCUUAUUUUUACAGUUACCCUGCAGUUUGUGAAUUUUUGCAGAACAAUAAUUUGUUAUCAAUAAUCAGAGCCCAUGAAGCCCAAGAUGCUGGGUAUCGAAUGUACAGGAAGAGCCAAACAACAGGCUUUCCAUCACUCAUUACAAUUUUCUCUGCCCCAAAUUACCUAGAUGUCUAUAACAAUAAAGCUGCUGUGUUGAAAUAUGAAAAUAAUGUCAUGAACAUCAGGCAGUUUAACUGUUCUCCACACCCCUAUUGGCUUCCAAACUUUAUGGAUGUUUUCACAUGGUCCUUGCCUUUUGUUGGGGAGAAAGUCACAGAGAUGCUGGUUAAUAUUCUCAACAUAUGCUCUGAUGAUGAACUGAUUUCUGAUAAUGAAGAAGCAGAAGAUCCCUACAUUUCAAGCUAUCAGAAAGGAGGCACUACAGUUCGUAAGGAGAUCAUCAAGAAUAAAAUCAGAGCCAUUGGGAAGAUGGCCCGGGUCUUUUCAAUUCUUCGGGAAGAGAGUGAGAGUGUGCUCACUCUCAAGGGCCUGACUCCUACAGGUACACUUCCUUUGGGUGUCCUCUCAGGAGGCAAGCAGACUAUUCAGACAGCCACGGUAGAAGCGGUAGAGGCCCGGGAAGCCAUCAGAGGGUUUUCGCUUCAGCACAAGAUACGGAGUUUUGAAGAAGCCCGAGGUCUGGACCGAAUUAAUGAGCGGAUGCCACCCCGAAAAGAUCACUUAAACCGUGAUGGGCCAUUGAAAUUGGUAACCUCUGUGCAAAGAAGCAACCAAGGGAAGAAAACCCAGUAAUUGCUCAGAGUCCUGCUGUGGUACAAGUGGAUCCAAAACUUAAGAACAAAUUUUAUUUAUUAUUGGAAAACAAAACAAAAACAACUUAAUGUAAAUCUGGAGGUGCAUUCAUAAUUCAGUCUGCAUUUAUUCUGUAAGAAAGGUGACCGUUUUAUAAAUUCUUUUAACUUAUGUUCAAUUUAUAUAAAAAGAGCAUCUGUUUUGUUUUUCUUUUUUUUUCCCCCUGACUUUUAGAAACUGUUUUUUGUUAGUGUAUAUUUGAAAUCUUGUGCUAUAAAGGUGACCUUCUCCUAAUAAAAGGGCCUUGGAAACCUCACCCUGGAUUUCAGA